CCCGCCGUGUCGGCAAGAUGGCGCUGCAGGUGAUGCCAGCCGUGCAGGCGGUUCACCUGGAUUCCGACGCUUACCUCGUCUGCCUCAGCCAUGCUCUGAGUACCGAAAAGGAGGAAGUGAUGGGGCUGUGCAUCGGUGAGGUGAAUGAUGACACCAGGAGUGAUGCCAAAUUUGCAUGCAUUGGAUCUGAACCGCACACAGUUGCUGAAAAGGUUGAUACCAUCAAAGUCAUUCACAUCCACUCUGUUAUCAUCCUGCGCCGUUCUGACAAGAGGAAGGACCGAGUAGAAAUUUCUCCUGAGCAGUUGUCUGCAGCCUCCACAGAGGCAGAGAGGUUGGCCGAGCUUACGGGCCGCUCCAUGAGAGUGGUGGGCUGGUAUCAUUCCCACCCUCACAUCACCGUCUGGCCUUCCCAUGUUGAUGUUCGCACACAGGCAAUGUACCAAAUGAUGGAUCAAGGCUUUGUAGGACUUAUUUUUUCCUGUUUCAUAGAAGAUAAAAACACAAAGACUGGCCGGGUACUCUACACUUGCUUUCAAUCCAUACAGGCCCAAAAGAGCUCAGAGUAUGAGAGAAUGGAAAUCCCUAUCCAUAUAGUCCCUCACACAACCAUCGGGAAGGUCUGCCUAGAAUCAGCAGUGGAGCUGCCCAAAAUCCUGUGCCAGGAGGAACAGGACGCCUACAGGAGGAUCCACAGCCUUACACAUCUGGACACAGUCACCAAGAUCCAUAAUGGUUCAGUAUUCACGAAAAACCUCUGCAGUCAGAUGUCAGCUGUCAGCGGGCCUCUCCUACAGUGGUUGGAGGACAGACUGGAACAAAACAAAGAGAUUUUGCAGGAAUUGGAGCAAGAAAAGGAAGAACUUUUGCAAGAACUCUCUUCUUUGGAAUAAAGUAGGUGAUUAAACAAGGGAAUAUUAAAAUAGCCAGGUGUAAACUUCAACUAGCAACAUACAUUUGAAGAAGAUAAAACUGAAGGACUCACAUUAUCUCACCACAAGACUUGUUACUAAAGCGACAGUAUCCAAGACACCAUGGUCUGUGCUCCACUGAUUUUGACAAAGCUACCAAAACUAUUCAGGGGAGGAGAUAGUUUGGAGCAGUGGUCCUCAAACUAUGGCC